AUGUCGCAACGACGGAACGGCGGAGAGCCGCAGCCCAAGGACGAGAUGCCCCCGGCGAAGGGUGAGGUGCAGGACAAGCAAAAAAGGCUCCUCUCGCAGGAUGCUGGACAUUUCUCUCUCGUGAGAGCUCUGCACGCCGCUGACUACAUUACCGAGCUCAAUGGCUUCUGCGGCGUAAUGUCCAUCAUGUCCUCCCUCCGCUACUGCACGCAGUCAGACCCCUUCAACUACACGAACCUGUACUGGGCCCUCGGCUUCAUCCCCCUCGGCCUCUUCUUCGACUUCAUGGACGGCAAAGUCGCCCGCUGGCGCAAGAAGGCGUCGCUCAUGGGUCAGGAACUCGAUUCCUUGGCCGACCUCGUCUCCUUCGGUGUUAGCCCCGCCGCCGCUGCCUUCUGCCUCGGUCUGCGCACUCCCGUCGACCACCUGCUCCUGAGCUUCUUCGUGCUCUGCGGUCUUACGCGUCUCGCGAGGUUCAAUGUUACGGUUGCUAUGGUGCCAAAGGAUGCGACGGGCAAGAGCAAGUACUUCGAGGGCACGCCGAUUCCCAUGUCGCUGGGUAUCGUGCAGGUCAUGGCAUACUGGGUGUACAAGGGCUGGACGCUGGAGCAGAUUCCCAUGGGUCUUUGGCUUGAGGGCACGGCGUUUGAGUUCCACCCUGUUGUUGCCAUGUUCAUUCUUCACGGAUGUUUGAUGGUUAGCAAGAGCGUCCAUAUUCCCAAGCCCUAG